GAUUUGUUUGGAGCUGAUCUUCCUGUUGAAGGAGGUGAUCCAGGAAUGUUUACAUGGCGUGAUGGACCUCUACUAAGAGCUCUCAAGGCUGGGCACUGGAUUGUAUUUGAUGAACUGAAUUUAGCUUCACAGUCUGUUCUUGAAGGACUGAACGCUUGUUUGGACCACAGAGCUGAGGUCUAUAUACCAGAGCUCGGAAUGUCAUUUAAAGUCCAGCAUACAAAAACAAGAUUAUUUGCUUGUCAAAAUCCACUUAACCAGGGUGGGGGCAGGAAAGGUUUGCCAAAGUCUUUCCUCAACAGAUUUACACAGGUUUAUGUUGAGCCAUUGUCCAAAGAAGAUCUCUUGUUUAUCACAACCUCGCUCUUUCCAAACAUGGAGCCUGAAACAUUACAAAAAAUGAUUGUCUUCAAUAUGCAACUCCAUCAUGAGACAGUCGUCCAGGCCAGCUGGGGAAAGAAGGGCAGUCCUUGGGAAUUCAACCUAAGGGAUGUGUUCAGAUGGUGUGAAUUGUUCCUUGGACAUAAGUCGUCAUCAAUGCAAGAGCUUUUCCACUAUGCAAAGCUUAUCUACAGCGAUCGCAUGCGCACUUCAGAGGACAAGAAAAGGGUUAUGGAACUUUUGUAUAAAACAUUCAAUCACCAUCAAGACUUGGAUCAUGUGACACUAAUGACUGACAAACCAUGGUUACAUGUUACUACCAACCAUCUUCAGGUUGGAUACUCAUUUCUUCCCAGAAGGGAGUGCAGCAACAGUUUAAAAUCAUCAGAACGCUCACUACAGAUCCUCCGCCACCAUUUGCCUUAUAUGGAGUCCUUGAUGAAAUGCAUUGAAAUGGGCUGGAUGGCUGUUUUAGUUGGUAAACGUUCUUGCGGUAAAACAUCUCUUGUUCAGAUGUUAGCAGAGUUAACAGGCAACAAGCUUGAUGUGCUUGCAAUAAAUAGCUCUAUGGACACCACAGAACUGCUUGGAGGAUUUGAACAGGCCAAUUUAAAUCUUCACUGGCAAAAGAUAGUGAAAGAUAGCGAGGACCUUGUACAAAGAACAGUAAGAUGUGCACUCCUUAAGAAAACAAGAAUUGAUUCUUCAAGCACAAAUGGCCCAAAAGAGGCUUUUGAACUUUAUGCAAAAUGGGAGAGAUUUGUAAAAUCCUCGAGUGCAGGUCCAAAUGGUCAAAACAACACAAAGAAAGCAACAGAUCUAUCAGUGUCAAAAAUAGAGGACCUUUUUGAUAUACUUGAGAAUCUAUCAGAACUUAGUUCUCACUGCUCAGCUGACACAGAUUCUUUGAAAGCAAGUGCUCAUAAUUUAAAGAAAAGACUCCAUGAUAACCAUGGAAACACGCACUGCGGCGGUCAGUUUGAAUGGAUUGAUGGGCAGCUUGUAGAAGCCUUGAAAACUGGAAACUGGCUUCUUAUUGACAAUGUAAACUUUUGCAGCCCUUCAGUUCUGGAUAGACUUAAUGCAUUGCUUGAACCAGGCGGCGUUCUUAGCAUCAAUGAGAGAGGAGUUGUUAACGGAGAGGUUCCAUCUAUAAAGCCACACCCUGACUUCAGGCUUAUACUUGCAAUGGAUCCAUCGUAUGGUGAGAUAUCACGUGCCAUGCGCAAUAGAGGAGUUGAAAUAUACAUGCCUGGAGAGGAUGAUGAGUCUACUAGUUAUGAUAACUAUGAUUUGCAAGUAAUGCUGAAUGGUUUGGGACUCAAUGAUAGAAGAAUAUGUCAGAUGCUUCUAGUAUUUCACAAAGACUACAAAACCAAGCUUGGAGGUUCUAUUCUUGAUUUGGUGCAUGCGGCCAAAAUGAUCACAAAUCUGCAACACAGGGGAGAGAGUCUGGGAACUGCUCUUGUCACAUCACURAGCCAAGUUUAUGUCAGGAGCCAUGUUAACAAGACAGACAGACAGAUUGCUGAGGAUGUUGUUGAACUGCAUGUCAAACAAUCAUCAUUCAACUUACAGGACAAAGCAUCUAUUAGUCCAACUCCUCCUUCAGUGUGGGAAUUCAGUGAAAAUUCAAUGCUUGCAAACAUAAGGUGGCUGUGCACACCUUUAAGCCAGUUGCUAUGGGAAAAUCAAUCAUUAGAUAUCUUGAAGCAUGCUGUUGACAUUGUCAUGGAAAGAGCAACGUUCGAUGACUGGAAGUUAAGAUGUGAUGUUGUGUCUUCUUUGCUUUGUAAAUCUGCCAUGGCGAUGGAGCCUUCCAAGCUUGCAGUGCUUAAUGACUUGGUCAACAUGGUAAAGUCUGUACAUGAAAGACUCUUUGGAAGUAGUCUUAUGAAUGGAUUGAAGAAGACCUUCACACAGCUGACUCUUUCUAAUUCAGGAUUGGAUAUCAUGGAUAACCAGCCAUUUGACAUCAGAUUGACAAGACAUCUAAGUCAUCAGAUAGAUUGGAAAGAAUGUGGGCCAGAAAUGGAAAUACGACUGUCAAAUUUAUGCAAUAGAAUCAAUCUUUUUGGCAGAAGAUUGAAACAUGCUGUAUCUAAUGGCACAAAGACUGAAAAAACAUUGUUGAGCAUGUCACAAAGGUUUCAUGAAGGACUUGCUUCCAUGGAAAUGCUGCCUCAUCCAAUCAUAGCACACUUGUUUCCAUUCUUCAAAGUCUUCAAUGAGUUUCUUGAUUGGUUGAUUUUGUUGGAUCUUCCUCUUAAUGAUGACAAGCUUGUAGAGGCUCUGGAGUCCCUUGAAUGGAUUUCUCGUUUGUAUUCUAUUUGUACAUCAGCUACUGCUUUCUCACUGGAGCUGCUUUCUCUACACUGGCAGUGGUUCUUUGAGCAAACCUUCAAAGUAGUUCCAACCAUCAUGUGCUGCAGCCAGAAUGAAUUCCCAAGUGACCUCAUGACCAUUGUGAAUCAACUCAGUCAAGGUCUAGGUACUGACACUCAUUUAGCUAAAGUCCAUCUAAGAAUGAUUGACAACUUUGGACACCCACUGGCCUUCAAAUCAGAGUCUGUUUAUCAAAAUUGGGGUAAACUACGCCAGCUGUGCCACUUGUUAGAGGUAUCAUGGCGGCAGGACAUGACAUCAUAUGAACAAUCUCAGCUAUCAAAUCAAUUAAAUCUGUUAGUGAAAGAUGGUGUUAGAGCAAGGGAAAUCCUGUGUAAAGGAAUUGCUGGUGUUUUCGGCAAUGAGAUUGUGAUGGAUUCAGAGUUGGAAUCUGUUGUAGAUGAUGUCACAGCAGUCAUAUCCCCAUAUGGACUAUUACCAAAUCAACCCUACACCACCCCCCUCAGUGAAGAUGCUAUGGAUGAAAGUGUUUGUGUUAGUGUAUCACAUGACACUGUUACCAAGGUGAUGAUGCUACCACUCUGUAAUGUCAUGGCUCAUUUCCAGGAACGAUGUAUUGUGGCAGAGCUUUUAGAAGAAAUGGUCAAGUUCAAGUGUACAAGUUCCCUAGUAAACUGCAAUGUUCAAGAACUUGAUGCCAAGAUGAAUGCACUAGUAAACUAUCUUGUGACCAACUCAACAACUUCACCUCUCAGUCUUGCUGUGUAUCACUAUCUACAAGCUGUCAUCUUACAGGAUAUAGAGCGAUUCCCCUCUCUUAUCAAGAAUAUGGAUUCAGAACUGACUUACUCCAUCUUGACCAAUGAAUUACAUAGUAACACAUCACUGAAUGUUGCCAUGUGGGCUAUGACAGAGUCUUGUCAAUCUCAACUGCCUUCGACCCAAGAGGCAGCAGAGCUUGGAAAAGGCAGCCUAGACUGCUUCCUAUUCAAAAUUCUCAACAACCAGCCAACCAAACAGAAGAGAUCGGUUAGCCCUGAUGACUCUUUGUCAAGUGUUGCUAUUGGUAACCAUAGAGAAAAGACUGAACAACUAGCUGUACUUUUACGCCAUAUAUGGAGCAAUGCUGAUCAUGUGACAAACUUAGCCAAUCAAAAUCGACUUUGCGAGCUCUCUCUUUGUGCAUCCAAGUUUGCUCAAGUCAUUUUAGCAUUGUCUGUUCUUAUGGAAACAGAUAGUGUCCAUGAUGACAUCAUCAAGGUUGCUAUGGCAAUUACAACUUCCCAUGAUCUCUCUGGCCUGAAAGAACUCUUAGAAAAAAUUUCAAGUAAAGUGUUUGAUAGCUACAAGAAGCAAACGGGUUCUACUAAUAACACAACAGAGAUGGAGACACUUCUUCUUCAAGCCUUUAGCUAUUUUUCGUCUUGUUGUCAUAAAAUGCAUCGUCAAAAGGAUAAAAACAGACAAAGUAGUGAUGAAAGAGAUGACAUUUCUGUGGACAUUGCGUGCAUAUGGGUAAACCUUGGUCUACUGCAAACCUUAUUGCUAUGUCCAAUUGGACCCGUUGAUCCAGUAGAAAAGAGUUCUAUAGAGCUGCAGUAUGUUAGAGAUGAGAUAACUGACGCUAAGCAAGAGCUUCAUGUACGAUUGUAUGCUGAACAGCUGUGGACUGGAUACACAACAACCCUCAGUGAACUUGAAAAACAGCUAGACGAAGGGCUAGAUCCCUCCACAUUAGACAUCACAUCUAAUCCUCUCCGUGUAAAGAUUCUGGCUCAAAAACUAAAGAAAGCAAAGGAUAAAGAGAAAGAUUUGCAGCGUCAUAUUGCAGUCAGACCCAGUCCUUCUCAGUUUGGUGAAAUACUGCGCAGUAUAAAACAUUAUGAGCUUACAAUAGGAAGUCCUGAUACAGUUGUUCAGUUAAUGACUGGAAUACAGCGAGCCGUGUCGUCCUUAAGGCUCCAAUAUGACGAGGUUCAGCACGUGUUGAAUUCUGCACACAGCAUCAUCCAGAGAGUGACAACGUGGAUUUUAUCACAGGAGAAGUUUAUGCUUCAAAUCAAGAAUGAUUUUCCUCUUUAUGGUGAUGUGACAGGUCCGUUUGUUGCUGCAGUAGCUCAGAUUGUUCAUGGGAUGAAUACUUUGAGCAGCUGUUUACAACUUCAACUACAAAGGCACAUGUUUUUGCUGAAGUGUCCAGAUGCAUUAUCAGUUACGGAGGUUAUAUGUCCAGACAGCCUCAUUUCAGCAUUAUGUAACCAGGAGUGUUUCCUGGACAAGGGUAAUCUGGACAUGGUAAAGUACCUCAUGUCAGGACCAACAUGGUCGUGUAUACAAGGAAUGAGUCUUCAAACCAAAGAAGAAACAAGUUAUCAGCGCUUAGAAUUGACCUCCAGACUACUCUGGAUCAGUAUUCUUCACAUACAAAACUACACUCUCCAUCACAACUACCUCAACAACAAAGCCAUGAAUCAGUUUGUUGAAAUACUCAAUAUCUAUACACAACAGUGGACGUUAGCGAAAGAUGAAGAACAGAAACGAGAACAACAGCAAGAAAGUCUGUACAAAUUCAAGACAACAACCCAUGAAGGAGAGAUUGACGAAGAGAAAGCCUUUGAGAAAGGGCUUUGUAAAGCAUUCCCCACAUUUGAUAAUGAUUUUAGCGAGUUUAUUCAAUCAAAUAACCUUGAAGAGGCUCCAAAGCAUCUUGACAAGACUGACACAAGUGGAAUUGAAAAUUCUGAAGCAGAAGAGUUCAUGAAAUGUGUGGAUAUACAGAAGAUUAGCCGACUCCAUGAGAGCUUAUUCACCGAAAUACCUUACUCACAGUCCUGCAUGUUGAUUGGUGGAAUCGUUAAGCCUUGUUACCAUGGGGAUUCUUUUGAAGAGUUGAUUCAAAGUAGUUACCAGGCUGCUGCAAUCGUUAGCAUGAUGAAUGAACAAGCAAGAUGUUCGUCAGUUGUUGGUGGAUACCAUUGGGAGCCACACUUGUUACAAAGUCAGCACAUGCUUCAACAGCUAGUCAAAGACCACAAUGUACAGACCACUGACAAGCACUAUGACAUCUACCAUGACUCUAAUAUACCUGAGGUCAUCAAAAUACAACCGGUGAUGACGUCAUUCCGUGUACGUUUAGACGAAUUGCUGGCAGAAUGGCCAGAUAAUCCACUUCUUUCUCAGCUUCAAUUGUUCAUUGAUAAGAUCCUGGCAUUGCCUGUCACAAGUCCUGUGAUGAAAGUCCUUACUGGAAUUGAACUACUUUUGAAGAACGCUCAGGACUGGGAGAACAAUGCAAGCCGUCAUGUCACCAUCAAGUCUAAUCUCGAUCAGAUCACAAACCUUGUCAUUGAGUGGAGAAAACUUGAAUUAAAGUGUUGGUCGUCAUUACUAGACGUUGCUACGGACAAUGUGUCCAGUAAAGCCAGUAAAUGGUGGUUCUACCUCUACAGUCUUAUUCAACAAGCACUCACCGCACAGACAGAGUUAUCAGAUUUUAUUGAUCCAUUACAAAGAUUCAUUGAAUCGUCAUCUCUUGGGGAGUUUGCUUCACGUAUGAAAAUGCUGUAUUCUUUCUAUCAGCAAAGUGUUGCUAUGGAAACUACCAAUGAAACAAACAAAGCUAAAAUCUCAGAUGUAAUGCUGAAUAUUUACACGUACUACAAGCAAUUCUCCGCUACGGUUGAACAAAGAAUCUACCAAGCAAGAGAUCCUAUCGAGAAAGAACUUAAGGGCUAUGUGAAGAUUGCCAAAUGGAACGAUUCAAACUUCUGGGCGAUGAAGCAGGCGACAGAAAAAUCACAUCGAACUCUCCACAAGUUUGUAAGACGUUAUGAGAUGGCACUAAGUGAACCUGUCAGACAACUGUUGAUGGAUCCCAAGAAGAUAAUUGGAUCAAUCCAACAGGGCAACGUAGAAGAAUCACGUGAUAUCCAACUUAACCCUGAUUGGUUUAUUUCUGAGUCUGAACCAGCCAAUGGUGGGAAAGUAUUGGAAACUCGUUUACAUCAUGUGACUGGUCACGUGGAAAGACUGCCAAAGCUAUUCUCAAGAAUGAAAAAGUUAUGUUAUAAGAUUUUGAAAGAAGAAAGAUACUCGACUCUUUCAGCAACACUAAAUGAAUUUACUGGAGAAAUCAUCACUGGUGUUCAUGAUCUUCAAUCUUUAGAUGUAGUUAACCAGCCCAAGGAAAAGCAAAAAGAAAUGCGGAAGCACAUUCACCUCAGGAAACGCACAGCCCUAGCAGAACUGUUCAAGACAUUGUCUUCCAUAGGUUUAUCGCACAAAAAGGGACUCCAAAAUGCGAGUCUGUCCUCACUAGAGUUUUCGAUGUUGCUGCCUGGAUUUGAAGAGACUCAUAUUGAUUCCCUACUUCACAGCAAGACCAGAAUUGACUUGAACAAAGCUGCUGGUUUCCAUGCCAACAAAUGUCAACACUACUACCAUCGGUGCUUAGCGCGCAUGUCUGCCCUGAACGUACAUCUGACGUCACCAUCUAAGGAGUUGACCGUGGGGGAUAUUGACCGUUGUAAGGGAUAUAGUCACCAUCUAAUGACAGUUAUACAGAAUCAACGCAAAGCCAUUGUAGAAAUGACAAAGAGAAUUAGGACACUAAGAUUGGCUUCCAGGUCUCUCUCAAGUGUAGUGGUCGAGAAAGGACCGGUACUUAUACCUCCUCAAGAUGACCUUCCCCAUCAAAUGACUCAGUUCUUGGAGUUCUUGACUUGGGUUUCCCAGUUGUUGAAGCGUUCACUUCAUCUGRUAAAAUGUUGUCCACAACAACCUUUCACGAAUGACUGUACUCCAGUACCAUCAAACAUGCUCUCGGCUGUCUCCAAAGCAUCAAGCAGCAGCGAAGUCAUCCAAAACAUCGAAACCACUCUUAAGAAUUGUCAAGCAAGUGUUGCUAAUGUCAUUAAUGAACUACGACCAUAUGUGGUUACCAUGGAGAACCAGACGAGCGGAAGUGACGUAGGAAAUAGUGUUAUUGCGUCAUGGGAACAUGUGAAAGCCCUGUCAUGUGGUGUUCAAUCUUUGACAACUAUUGGCAGAAAUAUCAGGUCCUUAUUGUGUCAUUUUGAAUCAAGAAUUUACAAAGACAUGGGUCUUGGCGGUUGUCUGUAUAUCUUAACACAAAGAAUCGAGAGUGAAUGUCAAAGACUAGAAACAUGGAACCAAACCCUUGUACAAACCAGCACAAGUCAUGGAACAACUCUUCCUGUAGAAGACUUUGUGGAUAAAGCCGUGACAACGCUGCUCCUUGGAGUGCAGAGACUCUCCAAAGUGUUAGAAUCAAGAGAUGGAAACAUUGACAAUGAAGAAGUCGAAGAAGACAAUCUUUUGGAGGGACAUCUCGUUUCUCAUAUCUACCAAGCCAUGGUUGAUGAUAUAGCAAAACUUGACCUCUUUACCGUACAAGACAGCGUUAUAUCCUUCAUAUCUGAGCUUAAAGCAUCUGCUACCACUCAUCAAACAGCAAAUAACGAGUCCCCAGUCAAAGAAACUCCCUAUAUACCUCUGGAUGUCACUCGUCACGUGAUAUCAACCUUGGUCUCGUUACUAGACCAAUACCUCUGCCUCGCUGAUGGCUUUCUUCUAAGCCUACUGACUGCCCAUAAUACAACCAGCAAACUUCUGUCUGUUCUUCUUGGUGUUUUCACUGAGUUAGUCGAGAAAGGAUUUUGCUUACCGCCCGAAGUGGAGGAAGAAGACAGUGGAGAGGGGGCGACUGACUUCGAGGACAUUCAAGAUGGUGGACUUGGAGAGGGUGAAGGUGCGAAGGACGUUAGCGAUCAAAUCGAGAAUGAAGACCAGCUUCAAGACGCAAAGAAAGACGGUGAAAAUGAAGAAAACCAACAAAAUAAUGAACACAUACCCGAGGAAGAAAAUGGGAUCGAGAUGAGUGAAGACUUCGAUGGUGCGAUGCACGAUGUCGAGGGUGAAGAGCAGGAUCAAGAACACACCGAUGAUGAACAAGAGGAAGAAGAUCUUGAUAAACAAAUGGGAGAACUGGAUGGGAAAGAGGAUGAAAAACUGGAUGAGAAAAUAUGGGGAGAUUCAGAUGAUGAGGAAGAGAAAGAGAACAACGAAGGAGAAUCAGAAAAAGGCGCUGGAGCUGACGCUGAAACUGAAUCAGAAAUGGUCGCAAAGGAAGACAACAAAGAUGCCGUUGACGAGAGUAAAGAGAAAGAACAAGAACCGAAAGACGACAAAGAAGAAACUAUCAAUGAUUUACCCAAGGAAGACUCAGGGAAUCUAUCUGACGGAGAGUUAGACCCACAGGGAGAGGAAAAGGACAAGAACGUACCUGAAAACGAAGCUGGUGACCUUAACCUUCCUGAUGACCUUGAGCUGGACGAUGGCAAUGAAAACCAAGGCGAUGAAGAGUUGGGUGAUGAAACGGAAGGGAAAGAGGAUGGGACGGAAGAGGAAGAAGAAGAGAAAGAAACUGAACCAGAAGCAAACAGCGAGCAAAGCAUGGACAUCGAUCAAGAGGAAACUGCCAAAGAAGACGAAGAUGUUCAAGAAAACGAAGAGACGAAAGGUGAGGUUGAACACGAAGAGAACGAGGACCACCAAGAAGGAGAACAAGCUAAAGACGGUGACGACCAGGACUGGAGAACACAGCAACAAACCGAGGCCGAAGACGUUGUCCAGGCAACAGACGACAACAUGGCUAACGAUGGCGGAUCAAAUCAAAACGAAGUCAUGGAGCAAACCGCUGGUCAAAGUGAGCCCAAUGACAAUCAAGAUCAGCAAGGUGUUGGGAGCGCAAAGGCACUUGGGAAUGAGGGGCACUCGGKGGAAGCAGAAGUGGCAUCAGCUCAGACUUCUACAGAUGCAAAGCAAAAGCAACGAAAACAAAUGAAUCGAUCGCGUUCAGACCGCAGCCUCGGCUCCAUGGAUGAACGGACUCAUAAACGCCUGAAGACAGUCGACGAAACGGACUCAAUACCACCCCCAGAGAGUGACGUCAAGAAGACGGCAGAACUCUAUCAACACUUAAAAGGAAAUGACAGCUCCAACCAUGACGCGCAGACUCUAGACAGUGCAACUGCUGACCAGUCAAGAGAACAAGACGGCUCACGAGUUCCUGAGCAUAUGAGCGACUAUGAAGACGAGGAUGAAAACAUGGAAUGUGAUGAUAGAGUAGUGAGAGAAAAAGAAGAUAAUUUGAAACAACUUCAGCAGCAAAAAACUAACCCACAAGGAGCAGACUCGGACAUGAAGUCACGUGAAGAAAUUCCUGACCGUGAGGAUAUGGAAACUAGUUUUGAGUCACGUGAUAAAGAGAUAGAUCCUGAUAGGUCAGAAAGCUCGUACCACGUGUCAAGUGAAGCUUUCUUGCAGGAAAAACAGGAACUAUCAAUUGAUCAGGACAAAUUGAGGUCUGAUUUGGAACACCAAUUAGCUGUCUGGUCAAACCUCGAUCAUGGUACACUAGACCAACAACGACAUGCACAAAGUACCUGGCAUAAGUACGAACUCUUGACGUCUGGCCUGGCACAGGAACUAUGUGAACAACUACGUCUCGUUUUGGAGCCUUCACUUGCUACAAAGCUUAGAGGAGAUUAUCGAACAGGCAAAAGAUUAAACAUGAGGAAGGUCAUUCCUUACAUCGCCAGUCAGUUUCGUAAAGACAAAAUCUGGUUAAGACGUACAAAACCAAGCAAGAGGGAAUAUCAGGUCAUGAUUGCAGUCGACGACUCGUCCAGCAUGGCUGAUAACCAUUCUAAACAGCUUGCUUUUGAAUCUCUUGCUGUGAUCAGUAAAGCUUUGACAAGACUUGAGGCGGGAGAUCUUGGUGUAUGCAGCUUCGGCGAAACCGUCAAGCUUCUUCAUCCACUUCACGAGCCGUUCACGGACCAAAGCGGUGCAAAAAUCUUACAGCAAUUCACGUUUGACCAGAAAAAGACGAAGAUUGCAGAGCUCGUCAGUACGUGUAGUAGUCUCAUGUUAUCAUCGAAGUCUCGUCUUCCAAGUGGACCUCGUUCCCGUGCUGUGACGUCACAACUCCUGCUCGUGGUGUCUGAUGGGAGAGGCGUUUUUCUUGAAGGAACAGAGACUGUGAGAAAAACCGUUCGUGCAGCGAAAGAAGCUGGUAUUUUCCUGGUAUUUGUGAUCAUUGAUAAUCCCAUUAACAGAGAUUCAAUCCUGGACAUAAAAGUACCAAUCUUCCAUCCAGGAAAACCACCAGAGAUCAAGUCAUACAUUGAACAGUUUCCUUUCCCGUUUUACGUCAUUCUUAGAGACAUCAAUUCUCUUCCUGUAACACUGAGUGAUGCUUUACGACAAUGGUUUGAACUUGUGACAAGUAUGGACAGCUAACAGUUUGCUUAGCAACAAGGUUGUUUGCAUGAUUUCAACUUCGUGUUGGUAUAGCAACAAGCUUGUUUCCAAGGGUGGGUCAUUAUGGCAACAUUUGGUCACCACAGCAACUUGAAUUGAAAUCAACAUGGCAACUAAAUAGUACCAUGGCAACAUAAAAAAACUAGUAGUGACCAUGACAAUAUACCAUCACCAAGCAACGUAUGGUUACCAAGGAAAUAUACUAUUACCAUGACGAUAAAUAAAUAAAUUAUGUAAUGAAGAAGAAAGCAUACAUUUAGUAAGGAUACGCAGUCAACUAGGAAUAAAUCAAAUAAAGUAUGGCCAAAUUAA